AUGUUAAUACAAUACCAAACUUAACACCAGGAAAGCAAUAGUAACUACAUGGAUUCAGACCUAUCGUAGUAACCAUCAAUUAACUAUAUGCAUGUAUAGUCCAUUUCAGAGUACAACAUAAGUAGCAUCGCCAAGCCCCCGAAUAAAUUUAAAGAUGCUUACUAGAAAAAGAUAUAUAAAGUUUAAAAAAGGUCAGAUCAUCUUCGCAAGUCAACUAUGGAAAUCAACUAUUAGAUGCAAUAAGAGUUCUAUAGAUAGAAUUUAAACAAUGGAGAUAAUGAGCAGCAUUACUCAAGCCUUCAUGCGAGAAGUGUGCAGUAAGUCAUUAAUGACAAGUAGGGAGGUCAUAAUAACAUCAGUGAUGGCUAAAUCGACUCUAUCAUGCCACAACCAUCGAUAGCAAUUAAAAGCUAAAGUCAUAACAGAAGUACUGAUUCUUGCUCUAUGUAUUUUGAGAAGAAGCUGACUGAUAGGAAAAAGAGAACUUUCAAUGUCCUGAUGCAAUUUAACCCUAAACUCGCCCAUGAAGUAGUGUAUAAAGGAAGUUCUAAUAUUCCUAAAUUAAGCAAGAUUGAUGUAUAAUUCAAAAAGCACAUAGACGCUGCUACUAUUAUCUAAAAGUAUUUUAGAGCUUGGAGAGCAAGAUAAGAGUAUGCAGUAUUAGUGUAUAAAAAAUAUCAAGAAAUUGAGCAUUAGCAAGAAUUAGAAAACGAGAAACUGUUAGACCAGUGGAUUCUAGAGCAAGAGACUAAGAAACUUUAAGAAGAGAUUGACGAGAAGAACAGACUGUUCAAAUUUCAGCUCAAGAAACGUCAUGAUGCUGCUUUAUUAAUCUAGAGACAAGUCAGAUACUACCUUAGAAAGAAAAACUCUGGAAUAUCCACAACCCAGAUUUUAGAAAGGAAAAAGCUAGAUGAUAUGAUGAGGCAAAAUGAUGACGAUUUUAAUGACUACACAUAAAUGGACUUAUCUAUGCAAUUGAGCAUUAAGUAAGGCGAGAGGAAGUCAAGAUGCUCGCCUAAAAGUGUAGGGCAUAGCAAAAAUAGAAUAGGUAGGGGACAUCUAUUCAAUAGAAUCAGGUAGCUUUAGAUUGAGACCUCCAAUUAGAGUAUGAUUGAACCAGAUAUGAGUUAAACUAAGAGUCCAAUCAAUGUGAAGUUACAGGGUAGCACUACACCUAUAGAUCUUUCAAACUCCUCGUAUUUACUAAACAAUUAAAGAAGUAACUCCUUCCUUGGAGCAUCUAAGACACCACAAAAUAUCACAAACCUGAUUAAAAUAAGCAGAAUAUAGAAUAAUCUACAGAAAAAGAAUUCAAACGAAUUAGAUUCAUCUAUUGGUCACAAAGUGGCUGAUGUCGAGGAACUUAAAUAAAUGAUUGGAGAGAUAAAUAGGGAUUAGAAGCUGCAGGGUAAAAUUAAAAAUGAAAAUAGAAUAAGUUAUGAGAAUAAUAGCUCAGAGAAUGCCAAUCAGUCAUAAAAAGUAAAUGAUGAAAAGGUGAAGGAUGCUGGGAAGAGUGGCUAGUCCUUAUUUAGCAUAGACUCUUCAAGUGGGAAACUGGAUGGUGUGCUUAACUUGGCUAGUGGGGGUGAAGGAGACUCUUCAAACAGAUCACCUUUUAUUUUCUAGAAAAACUUGCUCUCCUCUGGGAAUUCAGCUGUUAAUCAAGAUUCUCAUCUUGAUAACUCAUUGAACAACCUGUUUGAUAGUUUGAAACAACCCACUUAUUGUAACAAUAACUUUGACCUGACGUAGAAGCUACAAGACAAUUUUCACGAAUUAAUAUCUCACUGUGAGACAAUACAAGAAUUAGAAUCACUAGCUACACCACUCCCAUCCUUGCAAGAUAAUCUAAAUAACUAGCAAAAGAAGUCUAGGAGAUAGAAAAGAAGCAUUUUGGAUAGUAUAGAUGCCAGUGAUAAUCUAAUCGUUGAACCAAAUAUCAAUGAGCAAAAGAUAUCAAAAGAGUUCUAAAGCAAGAUCUUGAUACUGCCACCAAAGAAUCACUAAGUAAUACGAACUAAGAAUGAACCUGAGAAAAAUAUCUACAAUCAGUUCUUGAGAGAGGAGUCCAUUAAGGAUGGUCAUUUAAAUCAUCAAGUUAGUGUUGGAAACAGCAACUAGUACACUUAGUAGCAGUAAAUCGUUGAUUAGUAAGCUAUCUCAAUUAUGGAUCUGAUACAACCUCCCAGCUAUUACCAUUAUGAUGAUACUAUUAGUAGCAGUGGCAAUAUAGAUGAAUCUAAUGCCAACGACAUAUUCGGAAACGGUAAUGAUUAAUACUUAAAUGAGAAUGAUUUUCCAAUGACUUAGCUCAUCAAGGAAAGAACUCUCUGUUACUAAAAGGAAAAGCUUAAUAAGUAUGAAUAUCAGUUGAAUAUACUUAAAUAGCAAGAACAGUAGACUAACUAAAUUUCUCAAUAGGUUUAAUAGCAGCAGUAGCAAUAAUAAAAUUACUAUGACUAUGAUCAGAGAUUCAAAUAUUUCGAGGAGAUACUCAGAGAGUACAACACAAAGGAGAAGUUUCUUAGACAGUUAGCUGAGAAAAGAAACGAUCUACUCAAAAGAAUAAAGUUUCAUUAGGCCAUCAUAUCAAACUUCAACUAAAUGAUUGAGAAUGCGAAUGGAGGAUAGCCGCUGACUGCUAGAAGGUAAAAAUCAGUUAAGAGGUCACAGCAAUUUAAAAAUGAACAGCCAUAAUAGAUAAAGCCAAAUCAAGACCACCAGUAUUACCAAGCCAGUUAAGCUAACACCAACAGAGGCGGGUAAAAGAAAGCAGUCCCAAAGCAGAAUUUAGGACUUAAGAAUUUAAACUAGGUAAAGACAAAGGGAGCAGGUAAAAGUGCUUAGAUUUCAGCAAGGGAGAUGAUUACUAAUAAAGAUGAAAAUCUGCAGAAUUAUAACAUUAAAAAGACUAAGUCGAGGGACAGAAGGUAAUAGCAGUAGCAACACGUAAUCAUAAAUAAUCAGCCAGCACAGUUGAUUUAUUAGUACUAGAGUGCUAGCAAUCAUCAUAAACAGCAAUUGUAAUGA